AUGUUUUCACAAAAUUGUUCUGCCUUUGCUGUUGUAAAUUGCUUAACAAUUGAUGUCAGUGUCCUAGAUGUUCCUGCCAGUGGCGUUUAUUUUGCCAGCUAUGAGUACCUGAUGAGACGUUUCACGCCGGAAGGAAAGAACCGCAAUCAGCUGAGUCCUUUGAAGACUCUUUUAGCCGGAGGCAUUGCUGGAAUAUGCAACUGGAUUGUCGCUAUUCCUCCUGAUGUGAUGAAGUCGCGGUUACAAACUGCUCCUAAUGGGAAAUAUCCAAAGGGGAUUCGAGACGUGGCGAACGAAAUGCUCAGGACUGAAGGCAUUAAGUCCUUCUACAAGGGCUUCACUCCAGUCAUGCUCAGGGCCUUUCCUGCUAAUGCGGUAUGUUCCAUUAAACAGCAGCCCACCUUAAGAGACACUGCUUUCAGGCUUGCUUUCUUGGAUACGAAUUAG